AUGAUCGCCAGGCUGUUCCUUGUGCUUUGCGUCGUCUCCAGUGCAUGGGCAUUAUGCCCGACGAAAUGUACGUGCUUCUUGGACUACAAAGGACGAAACGCGGUGGUUUGCAAAGAAGGCGGAAUGGUGGGACCUUUAAAUUUAAACAACGUCAGUCUCGAUACAGAAGUUAUUAAAAUAACUGCUCCAGAUGACAAUAUGAAUUCGCUGACGAUGAGUCCGGUGUUUCAAAGCUAUAAACAGCUGGAAGAGAUACAUAUUACGAAAUCGAAUAUACCCCAACUGGGAAUGCAUUUUUUCUACGGACUAAACAAACUGGACGUAUUAAAUUUAUCUCAGAAUAAUAUAACGCAGCCUCUCGACCACAACUUCCGUGGACUGUCGCAUUUGAAGGAGUUGUAUUUGGACGACAAUCGGAUUAUUUCUUUGCCUAGCGGGACAUUUAGGUAUUUACAUGGGCUUAAGCUUUUAUCGAUACAAAGAAAUAGAAUCGAGGAACUUACUCCGAGGAUAUUUUUAGAGAUUAGUAAACUGAGAAUGCUGAAGCUUAGCGGAAACAAUUUGAGGGAGUUUCAUCCUGAAGUUUUUAAGGAUAUACAGGAGCUCACCUAUCUCGAAUGCCGUGGCUGUGCCUUAACCACAUUGAACAACGAAAUAUACCACCUGCUGCCAGAUCUAAUUCACUUAGACCUAGGUAAAAACGAUAUAAAGAAUAUUUCACAAAACGAUUUCCAGAAUCUUCAAAGUUUGCGACAUCUUAAGUUAGAUAGUAAUAUUAUAUAUUCAAUAGACAUCUCAACGUUUUCCUCUCAAGCAGCUUUGAGAAAACUUAGUUUAUCGAACAAUAAAAUAAACAAAAUAUCACCUGGAUCAUUUUCUGAGAAUCAUAAUUUGACUGAGUUGGAUAUAAGUUACAAUAGAAUAGACGAUAUGAGCUUUUUAGAACCCCUGUAUGAUAUUUUAGAAAAAUUGGACCUUAGCGGUAAUCACUUACGUACUGAGUUAUUAACAACACUUGUAAAUUUAAACAGUUUAAAGGAAUUAAGAUUGGCUGACUGUGGAUUGGCUCAAAUAAACGCAGAAGUGAUUCCGAAAAGUGUCUCUGUUCUAGAUUUGAGUGAAAACUAUUUGUCAUCUUUAAAUAAAAUCAUUUUACCCAGAAAUCUUACAACUUUAGACAUAUCUGGUAAUAGAUUCAGAGGUUUAGAGGAAGAUAUUUUGCUUUACUUGGAUAAUACGCAGAAUAUUAAGCUGGGCCACAAUUUAUGGUCUUGCGAUUUGUGCCAUAUCGUCCCUAUGCUGGAAAGAACUAACAAAAGUGCAGUGUUCCGCGAUGUAACGUGCUCAGCGCCGUACAUAUUUAAAGGCAAAAAGCUCGAAAAGAUCCAACGUAAUGAACUCACCUGGUGCAGCUCUGCCAGUUACACGGCGAGCGACGCCAACUUUUUUUCGUUAGGCGAGGACGGUAAAGUGGGAAUUAUCGCAGCCAGCACUUCAGUGUUUCUACUUCUUCUAACCGCAUUCGCAAUAAUCGGCGCAUUGUGUUACGCUAAUCGACACGCCGCCCGAUAUUACACCCACGAGGAUAAAAUAGCCACUAUCGAAGGAGAAUCGAUUUUUGCCAGUAAUCACAGCCCAUUGUUUUGUGAUGGGGAACUUAACUUCAAGUUUCCUCUGGAUAUGGAGGAGAAAAAAAUUUCCAUAGCUACUAUUGAUGAGAUUAAAAAAGAGCAUGCGAUUACCAAUGGGACUUGA